AUGGUCUCUUUCAGUACACUUCUGACCGCCUGCACGGCCAUCACAGGCGCACUCGGCACACCCGACCUAGACAGGCGCCAGAACGUGACGCCCAAUGCACAAGGGACUCACAAUGGCUACUUUUACUCGUGGUGGUCUGACGGACAGUCCCCUGUGACAUACACCAACAGCGCCGGUGGCUCAUACAGCGUGGAGUGGUCCUCGGGAGGCAACUUGGUCGGCGGAAAGGGUUGGAACCCCGGAAGCGCCAAGGAAAUACGUUACUCCGCUUCAUGGCAACCCACCAAUAACAGCAACAGCUACCUCACAAUCUACGGAUGGACAAGGUCGCCUCUGGUGGAGUACUACAUUGUCGAGUCACACGGAGAGUACAAUCCCGGCUCUUCAGCGGAGCCGCGGGGCGAGAUUGAAGCCCAUGGCUCCAUAUACAAGCUGUACGAAAGCACGCGGGUCCAGCAGCCCUCUAUCGACGGCACUCAAACAUUCCAACAGUACUGGGCUAUUCGCCAGACUCACCGUACGAGUGGUACUGUCACCACCGGCACAUUCUUCAACGCUUGGGCUGCUGCCGGCAUGCCGAUAGGCCAGCACAACUAUAUGAUCGUGGCCACUGAAGCCUACAACAGCGCAGGCCGAGCGAGUGUUGUGGUAGAAACCCCUCCGUAG